AUGGAAAUUUCAACGUUAGUAAGUAAUCGUGGAAAAAUUUUGCUCAAAGUGAACAGUUUUACUUUUUCUCAAGACAAAGUACUAAAAUCGGGAGAAACGUAUUGGAGGUGCGUAAAACGGUCGUGUAAAGCGAAGAUAUUCACGAAAGGGCCAGAAAAGUUAGUGAUCCGAAGUAAUCUAGAACAUAAUCACGAGUGUGAUAUCAAGACGCUUAAUAGACAGAUUGUGCGUAGCAGUGCCAAAAGGAAGCCUAAGGAUAAUUUGACCGAAAGGCCGUCCAAACUCAUACAUAGUGCGUUGAAAGAAAAUGUAGAUUGCUUGAGCCACAUGACUGUUAAAGACGUUAAUUUAAUACGAAAUCAAAUAUACAGUGAACGGCGAAUGGCUCAACCGAAACUGCCCAAAAGUAAAGAAGAAACUGUUGCUGCGAUUUUACGUGGCAACAGUACUAGUGACGCUUGUGAGACGCGCGACCCCUGCCAACAUGGCGGCAUUUGCAUUUCGACGGACAGCGGCCCAAUUUGCGAGUGUCGGAAUCCCGACUAUGAGGGAGAAUAUUGCGAAAAGGAUAAAGCACCUUCAGAAGCUGUAUUCCGCGGAACAGAAUUCCUAUCCUAUGACUUGAGUCAGACUGGAGGAGAACCCAUUGUCAGUGCUCAAGAUUCUGUGAUAUUUUAUUUCAAAACCAGGCAACCUAAUGGAUUGCUUUUUUACACAGGUGAUGGAAACGACUAUUUAAACGUCGCAAUCAAAGAUGGAAUUCUUAGCUUGACAAUGGGCCUUUCGAACGGCAAACAGGAAAUGCAGAUAAAGCCUAACAAAGUUCGCUUCGAUGACAAUCAGUGGCAUAAAGUUAGCAUACACAGAAGGAUACAAGAGAUAUCAGCCAUAACUGCUUUUUGUAGGCUAUCUGCUGUGGUUGAUGGCGUAUAUGCAGACCAUUCACAUAUUGCUGGAAAAUUCACAAUGUUGUCAUCAAGUCGCGUGUAUGUGGGAGGAAGCAUAAACACUAGAGCCCUCCCAGGAGCCAGGGUCCACAAUAAUUUCGUGGGAUGUAUGCGAAAGGUGGAGUUCGUGGCCGACACAUUGAGGUUAAACCUUCUUGAAUUGGGCAGGUCGGGCAGCCAUCUCAUACAAGUAGUAGGCAGACUGGACUACAAAUGCCCCGCUGGAGAAACUCACGAUCCUGUCACGUUCACCACGAGGGAAUCACAUCUGAUCCUGCCUCCGUGGAAUGCCAAGAAGUCUGGAAAUAUUUCUUUUAAGUUUCGCACGAACGAAGCCAAUGGAUUGAUACUUUUCAACGGAGGAAUUAGGCCACCUAGAAUCGACCUGUUCGCCGUGGAGAUAUAUAACGGUCACAUAUACGUCCACAUUGAUCUAGGAUCCGGUCCAUCGAAGCAGAGAGGAUCGAGGAGGAGAAUCGACGAUGGAAAUUGGCACGAGUUCACUUUCAGACGAACCGGAAGGGACUCCAGGAUAACGGUAGAUGGACUUCACACAGAUUUCAAGACUGUCGAAGGUUCCUCGAGUCUGGAGUUAGACGGAAAUAUGUACGUGGGCGGUCUCGGCCCGCCCUUUUCCGAGAUCCCUAUUCCCGCCGGACUCUGGACGGCGGUCCUUCAACAAGGAUUUGUUGGAUGCUUCAAGGACCUCGUUAUGAACAAUGAGGCCGUGGAUGUUGCAGGUUUUGCGAGGGAACAGGACUCCGGGUCUAUAAGAACAUUGUGCCAUACCCAACCACAACAGUGUCCUUCGCAGCCAUGUCUAAACGGUGGAACUUGUACUGAAGGCUGGAACAGAUUUAUAUGCGAUUGUACCAAUACUCUCUUCAGCGGCCCUACGUGUGGGAAAGAAGCACCCACCCUCAGUUUUAACGGUACUCAACACAUGGAGGUUACCAUGGAUACUGAACAAGUUACUCAGACUGAAGACAUUGUACUUAGAUUUAGGACCAGCAAGCCGCUCGGAUUGUUGUUGAUCACCUCGACCGUCGAGACCGGUGAUAGGAUUGAGUUGGCUGUGGCCGCUGGAAGGAUUCGCCUGGCGCUUAGGCUUGGGGUCAGAGAAAAGAAGAAAGAGGACAGGGAAAAGGAUAAGAUCUUGCUGGCCGGCCAAAAUGUCAACGACAACGAAUUUCACACAGUGAGAUUAUCCAGAAGGGGAUCUAAUUUAAAGCUGCAACUCGAUGGCCAAUCUCCUAUAAGAGCUGAAAUUCAGGGGAAGUUUAUAUCUCUGCAAUGGAGAACUGUCCAUUUGGGAGGACUAUAUCAUCUUGAAGAGGAAAUUAGCAUGUCGACAACAGUUCCAAACUUUAUCGGGGAUAUCCAACAGUUUUAUUUUAACAACAUACCCUAUAUCGAACUUGCUAAAGCAUUAAGUACAGAGCAAUCGAUAGCUGGUUUUCCAAAUAUCAAGAUUGCAGCAAAGUUCGUAAAGCACGCCACAGAUAAUUUGCACAGGCCAGUAACGUUUCGGUCGAAACACACCUUCAUCGGUCUACCAAUGCUCAGGGCCUACUCCAGCAUACAUAUCGACUUUAUGUUUAAAACUAGAGAAUCAAACGGACUGAUUUUAUUCAAUGGGGGAAAGAAAGAAGACUUCGUAGCUGUGGAAUUGGUUGAAGGUCAUAUCAACUACAUUGUUAACGUGGGUGACGGCACUGUAACUUUACGUGACAACCACCGUACGCACCUAAACGACAACCGCUGGCACACCGUCGGCAUUCGGCGUCCUUCCGUCAAACAGCACACCCUGAUGGUAGACGACGACGUCGUCAUAGCUGCAAAUCUCGGCACUGGCAAUCUAGAACUCGACGGCAUUCUUUAUUUGGGCGGCGUCUACAAGGAUUUAUACCCGCUGCUGCCUCAGGAGGUGAUCAAGUCGACCCACGGUUUCGAGGGAUGCAUCGCUGGCUUGGAUCUUAACGGGGAGUCGCCGCAUAUUGUGGAAGACGCUGUGGUGCACAGUUCGCAAGUGGUCGCCGGAUGUGAGAGUCAGUCAGCUAAAUGUAGUCACAAUGUGUGCGCCAAUGCCGGCAUCUGCGUCCAACAAUGGACAUCCUACACCUGCGACUGUGAUAUGACCUCUUUUACUGGACCCACAUGCUCCGAUGAAUCUGUUUCGUACGAAUUUGGUCCUAACAGAGGUAUCAUAAUCUACACAUAUCCAGAAGAUAACAUGCCAGAAAUGCAAGAGGAUACAAUAGCACUCGGACUGAUGACUUCAAAAUCUGAUGCAGUUUUACUUCGGGUUGUUAGUGGAACGUCAAAUGAUUACAUUGAAAUGUAUAUUGUGGAAGGCAACGUGUUCGUAGUUUACAAUUUAGGAUCCAGUGAUCUUCUUCUUGGAGAAAUAUCUGUCAAAGUUAACGACAAUGCAUAUCACGUAGUUAGAUACCACAGACAAGGUCAUAACGCCACCCUACAAGUUGACGAUUAUAAUGUGCAAACUGUACAUCCGCUAGGGCAUCAGCUUCAAGUAUUUAACACGCAAUCACAAAUUCAAAUCGGAGGUAAAUGGACCAAAAAAGGACGAAUCGAACGACCAUUUUCGGGUAAAAUAUCUGGAGUAGUAGUGAAUGGCCUACGAAUUCUUGAUUUAGCAGCAGAGAAAGACCUUCACACUUCCAUUCGUGGAGAUGUACAACUGACUCAGAUGGAUAAGCAUGAACACCUGCAAAAGAUGCAACAGACGCCAGCGUCAGGAUUUCCCGGCUUAGAGGACGAUCUAGUUUUCAGUGGCGCCGGAUCGGGUUGUAACAAUGGCGAUGAUGAAGAUGAAUGCCCACCCUUGCCUGAACACGGAUCAGGCGAUGACGAUCUUAUUACUCCUGUUUAUGAUCCUCCAACGAGGCCUCCACCUACUAAAAAACCAAAGCAUAAAUCGGACGGAGGUGACGAUAAAGGAAAACCAUGCGAUGAUGAAGAUUGUUUCCCUGGAUCUGGAUCUGGAGAGGUUACCGAAGAAACGACUAUGAAAGUAACUACAGAAUCAGUAGAAGGUAGCUCAAUGACUGAAACUUCAAGUCCCAAACAUACAGUCGAAGAAGAAUCGACUAUACCAAGUCACACAACAAGCGGUAUGGUAAAUCUAACCACAGUAACUUUCAAACCAACAGAACAUCAAGACACCACAACAGAACACCAAACGACCAGAAUUGAAACUACUGUGGCUAUCACUACUACUGAAAUUCACUCUAGUCCAACUGCACCCACUACGACUACUACAGAAAAAGAGAUUCCGCCUCAUGUGAUUAUACCACCUCAACAAGAGAAUCCGUAUAAUUACAAGCCGGUUCCUCCGAAGAAACCUGAAAGGGUCAAUUCAGAAACGUCUGAAAUUGUUGCUCUUAUUAUAGGUAUAAUCGCCGGUGCCCUAAUCGCCGUAGUACUAAUUAUCCUCGUAAUCCUUAAGUUUAAAUCGCGCAGCGAUCGUUCCUAUAAAGUAGAGGAAACAAAAGGCUACCAACAGGGCCCCAACGCUGCGCUUCUCGGCAACACAUCCAGCAGCAACGGCCACCAUCAAGCGCAGUACCAGCUCAACGGAGCGCUGCGCAACGGCGACAAGAACGGCGGGCAAUCUGCGCAGAUGAAGGCUAAGAAACGCGACAGUAAAGACAUAAAAGAGUGGUAUGUGUAAAGCGAUGGCGUCGACUGCGAGUGGUUUGAAUGUGAGAAUGACUCCGAGCCAUACAGUGUGAGUUGUCUGAAUGUGUGUGAGAACAAGCGAUUUCUUUUAGUUGGUCGACGAUGGACACGGUGUUUUUGUCGCGAAAUUAGUCUACUUAAACUGUUAACAUGAGGAAGUGAUAUCUUAAUCUAUUACAAGAAGUUGGUGUACCGAAACGGAAUCACAAUAUUAUAUUAAAUAUAGGUAUUUUUUAUGUGUUCGUAUAAUCAGUCACUCCUGAUAUUGUUGUUUUUCUAAAAACCUGUUAUU